ACGUGCUCUGAAGGCUUUGGGUCAGGGUCUGGAUGGCCUAUAAUAAAACCCUUGCGGGGAGAUUCAGAAGGUGGGAAAACUCUUUUUAACGUGCUUCCUUGGGGUAAAAAGCUUUUAUACGCGACCGGUUAGUUUUGAAGCGUCUGCAUUUGAGCUGUGGGGCGAUUAUGUUGUAGCCGUGGGCGGUUUGGAGUUUACACUUGAUUCUCUUUCCUUAUGAGGAAACGUCAGUGGCUAGGAUGACUUUAAAGAAAAAAAUAGUAGAAGCAUUAACUGAAAUCCAAAAGUGUUUUUUUAAGGCCCGCAGAGUUGACACAAUACAGAAGGUAUUUUUGCUGCUGCUCCUGAAGCUCUGACAUCACCCAGUGAAAUAGGAAACAUUUCAGGGAUGGGACAACUUGUAUUUGUCCCUUUCGCUCUACCUUUCCAUUCGCUUCUACGUCCAAACCUCUUUAAGAAGGAUGAAUGGCAGGACGAGUUAGAAUCCUUUGGUGUAUCACACACUGAUUUUUAAAAUGUGACAAAUCUGAUUGUACUCCUUGCAUGGCUUCUGGAGUUACAGUGAAUGAUGAAGUCAUCAAAGUUUUUAAUGAUAUGAAAGUAAGGAAAUCUUCUACACAAGAGGAGAUCAAAAAAAGAAAGAAGGCAGUUCUCUUCUGUUUAAGCGAUGACAAAAGACAAAUAAUUGUAGAGGAAGCAAAGCAGAUCUUGGUGGGUGACAUUGGUGAUACUGUAGAGGACCCCUACACAUCUUUUGUGAAGUUGCUACCUCUGAAUGAUUGCCGAUAUGCUUUGUACGAUGCCACAUACGAAACAAAAGAGUCUAAGAAAGAAGACCUAGUAUUUAUAUUCUGGGCUCCUGAAAGUGCACCUUUAAAAAGCAAGAUGAUUUAUGCUAGCUCUAAAGACGCCAUUAAAAAGAAAUUUACAGGUAUUAAACAUGAGUGGCAAGUAAAUGGCUUGGAUGAUAUUAAGGACCGUUCGACACUUGGAGAGAAAUUGGGAGGCAAUGUAGUAGUUUCACUUGAAGGAAAACCAUUAUAAAAUGACAGUCAAGUGCCAUCUGGAUCUUAAGGAGCUUCCAUUUCUCCAGCUCAGUCCUCGGAAUAGUAUUAGGUUUUGGGGUUUUUUUUGUUUUCCCCUUUCCACUGGGCCCUUCCAACACAGUGAAUGAAGGAGAUAUCAUUCAUUUAAGCAGCCUAUCAGUGAUUGCCAUUAGACUGUUUAAUACUGUUACUUUUAUGUAGAUCCUAAGGAAUGCCUUCUUGUUAUAUUUUAGCCAAAACAACCGGUUAUAUGCCUCCACUACAGCAAGCACUACAAUGAAUGUGUUUGUCAAUGUGAAUAGCUUAGAAUACUGCAGAGGGUAAGCUAAUUGAAUGCCUUGAAAAUAUUAUCCACUGGUCAGAUGGUAAACUUUUUUCAGUAUUAUUUAAAGUUGCACUUGAUUGCAGUCUGUGAGGCUCAAGCAUUGAUACACCUCACCUGCCUUGGCAAGCCUAUUUUUGUGACAUGGCAGCACGGAUAUAACACUAUGCAUUAAAAGCACUUUUUUGUAACAAGUUUAAUCUUCCAAAAGGAAUGCCAAUUAAGUUUCGUCAACUGUGUCAUCAAUUUAUCCUAGUACCUCAGUGUUCAUUCCUGUUACCUGCAUAUCUUAAAAGAAAUAGCUGUUAUUAAUGCCUUUUUGUUUUCUGUUGAGUGUACACUACUGAGUAAGUAUAGGAGUUUUAUGUUUACCAUGUGAAUCCUGCAACACUAAAGAUAUUUUGAAUAUCAGUCAUGAUGGCAAUUUCUGUAUAAAAGAGCCUUAAAUGGAACAUUGUUUUGAGAUCAGACCCCCCACCCUCACAAAAAUGGCCACGUUGCAAUAAAAAUUGUGGCAUAUUA